AUGAGAAUUUACGGAUCCAUUCACCAAGCCUUGAUAUGCACGCUCCUCACAGCUCUGCACACAGGUUGUUGCCGAAAAAACCAUCAGUGUUUACAGAAGUAUGAGAAGACUGAGAACCAUGAGCUGGUUUGCACAGAGUGUCCACAAAUUCCUCUGGUACGAAACAGUCGAUCACCAGAGCACUGUGCCCGCAAGUGUAAAAAAGCAAAGAAAAACUGUAGAGCUUUCAACUUUCAAAGGAACAGCCUGAAAUGCCACUUACUUCCAUUUGACCGCUUUGGCGCCGGUGUGCAGAUGCAGAACAACUGUAACUUCACAUUAUUUGAGAAAAAAGAUUAUAUUAGGGAGUGUGUUACUGGGACUGACAACUAUAGAGGCCGUAGGUCAUGGACCAAGUCCAACAUCACAUGCCAAGCUUGGUCUGAUAACAUCAUCAAUGAGCACACGUUUGAUCCUGAUAAAUACCCAGCCCACGACUUGCGACAAAACUUCUGUCGAAAUCCCAACAACGACCCUGGUGGUCCUUGGUGCUACACCAUUGAUCCAAAUGUACGUGCUGAGGAGUGUGGCUUACCACAAUGUUCAGAGGAGGAAUGUAUGAAGUGUAAUGGAGAGGAUUAUAGAGGAAAAGUAGAUCACACAGAGAAUGGUCGGGAGUGCCAAAGAUGGGACUCAGUUCGUCCGCAUAAACACAUCUACCAGCCUAAAAAGUACCGUGACAAAGACUUAAAGGAUAACUACUGUCGUAACCCAGAUAAUCGCUUGCGUCCCUGGUGUUACACCAUGGAUCCAAAAGUUUCUUGGGAAUACUGUAACAUCACUGUGUGUGACUCAAACUACAGUAAGGAGAGUACUGCUAAUUUGUCAACCUCCUGUGUAGAGGGGAACGGGGAUAAUUACAGGGGAACUACAAAUGUCACUCCAGAUGGUGUGUUCUGUCAGCGUUGGGAUGCACAGUUCCCCCAUCGACACUCUUAUCUGCCUGAGAACUACAAGUGCAAAGAUCUGAGGGAGAAUUACUGCCGUAACCCUGAUGGCUCAGAUCAUCCAUGGUGCUUUACCACAAAUCCAAAUCAGAGAAAAGCAAACUGCACUCAGAUCCCACAGUGUGGCGCUGAAGCCUCUCCAGAAACCGAAUGUUAUGAAGACACCGGAGAGACCUACCAGGGAACAUUAUCUAUCACUCGAUCAGGAAUACCAUGUGCAAAUUGGUCACAGCAUAUAAACAGUGCAGAUUCACACUCUACAAUAUCCCAUGUCUGGUUAGAGAAGAACUACUGCCGAAACCCAGACAGAGACAAGCAUGGCCCCUGGUGUUACACAAACCCAAACACACGCCUGUCCUGGGACUACUGCAAGCUGAAGCAGUGUGAAUCUACGACGGCCGUCCCUCAAGUCAGCUAUGGCGCAAGAGCAAAGGUCUCAUGCUUCGUGCACAUAAACACACGGAUAGUUGGGGGUCAUAAAGUCCGAGGAUCUGAUGGCAGUUGGGUUGUUAGCAUCCAGAGAGAGAACGUUCAUCUGUGUGGAGGCUCUUUGAUCAGAGAGGACUGGAUUCUAACUGAUCAACAGUGUUUCACCUCAUGCAGUGUUCCAGAUCUGAAAGACUACAGUGUGCAGGUUGGGCUGAGGAAGCUCAAUGAGUCCUUUAACCAUCCCAGACUCCGGAUCUCCCAGCUCAUCUGUGGCCCAGAGAAGUCCAACCUUGUCAUGCUAAAAUUAUCAAAUCCUGCUCCUUUGUCUGAGGGUGCAUCCACAAUUCAUCUUCCUGUGAAAGAGUGUCACAUCCCUGAAGGCACAAAUUGUACCAUGUAUGGCUGGGGGGAAACCAAAGGCACAGGGUCUGAUGACACAUUGAACUCAGUCACCAUGCCAUUGGAUGCCAAGAUGUGCUCACAAAUAAAAGGGGAUGCUGGGGACAGCAGAAUAUGUGCGGGAGGCAGAAGAGGAGAGGGGGUGUGUGAUAGGGACUAUGGAGGACCACUGGUCUGUCAAGAGCAUGAACGCAAAGUCAUCAUUGGUCUGCAGACCUACACCAUUGUCAUUUUCCUGGCUUAA